AUGUUGGUAGGAACCACUUUAGUCUUUUCUCAAACAUGUAAUAAUGACAACAUGCAACUUUUGUCGGAUAACGUGGAAAUAACGAAUUGUUUCAGUGAUAGUUUCAACAGUUUAAGAAUACUCGACCCAAAUGAUCCAAACGUCGCUACAAAGUUAACGGAAAUAACUCCAGCAUUUUGUACAUACCAAUGUAAUUCGGAUCAACUCAACGCAGCAUCAGCUCAAUAUCAUGCGAUAUGUUCCGGAGGAGAUUAUUCUUACGUAAAUGGAGUUAUAUUAUUAGAUUCUUAUGAUGUAAUAUACUCAACAUUAUGUAAUCCAGACGACUGUGUCGUCUCUAGCUUAGAAGGUUUAAAUGAAAACGAUCAAGGUGCAACAGAUUUAACCUCGAAAAUUGCUCAAUCUCCACUCAAUAAUGUAUGCACGGAUUGUAUUAGAAACUUGGCAUCAACCUUUUUUCGCUAUCAGUUUGAUCAUCCUUACACUACCCUCUCUGGUUCAUUACAAAAUAUAAAGAUGGCUUUGGAACUUAAAUGUGGUGAUAGCUUUGUAUAA